UGCCACAGCUCUGUGGAGCUGGCUAAUGUUUAAUGGCGUUUGUCCCCUGCCCUGUGGCUGUGCUCACACCUCCCUACACCCCUAUGUUGAUAGCCCGGCCCGUGACACGGUACAGCCACGCCGGGAGGCACUUCCUGUUACCGGGGGAGAGCCUCGCUGCCAGGGCCCUGGCUGGCCAGACGGAGCCGUUCCUGUGCCUGUGGAGACGGGACGGCGGCCAGGAGCCCGGCGGGACCCACGGCCUUCCUGCAGCCGUCCAGACAAAGUUCACCUGCCCCAGGAGGAGAGGAGGACCAUGCAGAGAUGGAGAGCAGCCGGAGAGGCGUCCUGGCUGUGCUGGGAGUCCUGGCUGGACUGGCAGCUUCCGGGUCCGGUUAUCAGAUUGUAGAAGGUCCCCAGAACGUCACGGUCCUGAAGGGCUCGGAGGCCCGCUUCAACUGCACGGUGUCGCCGGGCUGGAAGCUCAUCAUGUGGGCCCUGAACGGCGUGGUGGUGCUGAGCGUCACUCCGCGGGAGCCCAUCAUCACCAACGACCGCUUCACCUCCGCCAGCUACGACCGCGGCGGGGACUUCGUCUCCGAGAUGAUCAUCCACGAUGUGCAGCUCCGCGACGCGGGGCAGGUCCGCUGCAGCCUCCAGAGCAGCGACCUGGACGCCUCGGCCUUCCUGUCCGUCCAAGUCAUGGGAACCUUGAGCAUCCCUGGCGAUGACCUUGAGGUCACCGAGGAUGAGCCCUGUAAUGUCACCUGCCGAGCCCAGGGCUGGACCCCGCUCCCGGACAUUACUUGGAGGGUUGGCGUCCCUGCCAGCCAUUCCAGCUACUCCUCGUUCGCGGAGCCGGGGGCUGGUGGCGGUGUGGUGAGCGUCCUGGCGCUCCGGCCGCAGGGCAACGGGACGCUGACUUGCGUGGCUGCACUGAGGGCUCCGGAGGCCCGCACGGCCGUCACCGUGAACCUCACGGUGGUCCCGCCGUCCCCUGACGCUGUUGAUAAGCCAGGAGCCGCACUGCCCACCUGGGCCAUAGCUCUGCUGGCAGUCUCUCUGUCCCUGCUUUUGAUCCUGAUAAUUGUUCUGAUUAUAAUAUUCUGCUGCUGCUGCGUGUCUGGAAAAGACAAAAAAGAAUCUAGUUAUCAAAAUGAAAUAAGAAAAUCUGCAACUGCGAAGACAACCAGAGACGCUGUUGACAGCAAGCUAAAGAGGGGAAAUGAGAACUAUGGAUAUAGCUCGGAUGAGCCCAAGGCUGCACAGCUUGCUUCACUCCCUCCGAAGUCUGCCGAUCUCAGCGCCGUCCCGGAGCCGGGGGGCAGCCGCUCUCCUCCUCAGGAUCUCAGUAAGCCUCGGCCGGGCCGGGCGGGUCGUCCACAGGUUUCCUUUGACAUCACCAGUCCUCGGAAGGUCAGGAAUGUCACUUUAGUAUAAGAAUGAGUUCCUGUGCGGUCCGCUUGUGCUUGGGUGAAGAUUUACGCCGCCCUGACAUCUUUGUUCUUGCCAUCCUGAGACAAGACUUCAGCUCUGUCAACAUUCCCUGAAGAAGUCGGUUGGCGCGAUGGGAGCUAAUGCUAUUCAGUGACAGGAGGAAUCAGUUCCCCAAGUUCCAAGUAGAAUGUGGCUUUUAAGACUGUCAUGGUUUUAGUAAGCCCCUUAAAGUUACCGAGUAAAAACCUGCACCUUUAUCCUGGUGAUAUUUCUCGUCACCUAACACUCCUGCUUGCUAAUCCAGUAAGUGGUAGCUAUGUCUGUAUUCUACCAUGACUUAAAAAAAUGUUUUCAUUGCUCUCAAUCUUAUUAAGAUGAGAUUUAUAUCUGCAUAUUAUUAGUGAAGCAAGAAGAAAAAAAUUAGGCUCAAUCAGAACUCUCAGAUCGACUGGCAAAUCAGAGCUCCUUAGGUUGACAGUAAGAUGAAAUGUAAUGCUGCUACAUGCAUUCCUGUCUCACGAUUGGAUAUUGAGGAGAAAACAACACUUUGGUGGCUUCCUUGUCAGGCUUAUUUUUAUCUGAAAUGACUUAGCUGUGGGGACAAAGCUCACACACUACAAACAGAAGAACUGGAAAUGGGUAAUGCGUUCUUUAAUAAAUGCAAAAGGAAACACCCAAAA